AUGGCUGGCUGCAACGCAAGAAUCCGUAUCUUGCUCGUACUAUACGGCGCCUCCUACCUCGCGCCCAACGCCGCCGCACUCUCCGUCAACUGCAGCGGCCCGGAUCAUCGCCGCGAGGCGAUCUCUCGCCAUGAUACGUCCCUUGCAGGUAACACCACCAUAGGCAUGUUCAGUGUCCUCGCAUUGGGUUGGUGCUCUAGCAGUAGCAGGGCGCUGCCUUACAUCCCCUCCGUCGACCCAGCAGUUACCCUCCGCGGUUCAACCGUCACCAGGCAUGUAAUCCCCACCACCACUGAUGUUGAUUCAAGUUUUGACGGCCCCGUGAUGGCGAAAUGGGAAGGAGAACAUUUUAACUGCAGCGGCAGGUUUUUGUCUAGUCUCCUUUUCGCGUUCGAAGAACAACAAAUUGCAACUGUGGCAAGAAAUUACUCUGGUGGUUCUGCUGGAAGUUUGGGACUUCCUAACAUUACAUGUUACACAUAUUUCGUCCACCGGAAUUUAACCGCGCCUCAGCCGCCGUACCCCUUUGGCCUCACUGACGAAGCUAUGGCGCGAAGAUUGUUGUCCGGUACACAUGGCCGGAGAGCGACGAGGAAACAGCAGGCAGCAGCACACGGGAAGGUCGCAUCGUCGCGGCUGAAGCAAGCAGCUGUCGCCGUUUCGGCUUUAGUCGGGUUGGUUUGCGCCGUGGCAGCCCUUCUGCGCUGCUGCAUGCGUAGGAACAGGCCGCGGCAGAGCGCAGCGUCCAUCGAACUGGAAGACGACGAGCACAUCAUAACCGAACUUGAGCUCUGGCAAGGGAUGGGACCUAGGCGGUUCUGCCACACCGAGCUUGCCGCCGCAACGGACAACUUCGCCGAGGAGAGGAAGAUAGGGAGAGGGGGGUUCGGUUCGGUGUAUAGGGGCUACUUGAGUGACCAAGACCGUCAUGUGGCCAUCAAGACGCUCUCACAGGAGCUGUCGGUGCAGGGGCUCCGGGAGUUUCAGGCAGAGGUCGCCAUCAUGAGCCAGCUUAGGCACCGCAACAUAGUCCAGCUCGUGGGCUGGUGCCGUCGUCGGAGAGGAGGACUGGCGCUCGUCUACGAGCUCGUGGACGGAGGCAGCCUCGACACCCAUCUCUACAAUCCCGACAGAUGCUUAACUUUGUCGGAGAGGUACAAUAUCGCGCUCGGCCUGGGCUCCGCCCUGCGGUACCUCCACACGGACUGCCACCAGUGCGUCGUGCACGGCGACAUCAAGCCCGCGAACGUGAUGCUCGAGGCAUCAGGCAGCGCUAAGCUCGGCGACUUCGGGCCCGCGAGGCUCGUCGACCACGGAGCCGAGCCACGGACGACGCAGGUCGUCGCGGGGACCCUCGGGUACAUCGACCCAGAGUUCGUCAGCAGCCGCCGGCCGAGGGCCGAGUCCGACGCGGCCCGCGUCGAGGCGAACCGGCCAGGCCUCGGCGGCGCUGCUGACCUCGGUCCGCGACUUGUACCACCGGAACCUGAUCGUGGACGCGGCGGACCGGAGCCUGGCGAGUUUGACAAGCUGCAGAUGGAGCGUCUGCUCGUGACGGGGCUUUGGUGCGCGCACCACGACCGGUUGCAGCGGCCGUCCGUUACGCAGGCUAUGGAUGUGCUACGGUCCGAAGACGCCAGGUUGCCGGUGCUUGUAGCGAUAGCGAUGCCUGGUUCCGGGGAGAUUCGAUCGUUGGAGGGGCAGGCUUAUGGCGAUGUGUCUGACGACAACUCUGGUUACUUGAAUGAAUCAACUGAAACUGCGUACCUUACUAGCGAGGAGUGA